AUGAGCCCUUCGAGCUUGCGCCGCACUGCUCCGUCGGCGCUUUUGCAGCCGAGCCCCUCGCGCACACACGCACGCAAGCAUGCCAUCAACGUCGACUCAGGCCACGGCAGCAUCUGCGCUAGGACUUCAUUUGGCGAUGUUGAGGGCGUGCCCGCUGAGUUGCAAUUGGCCUCUGUUGGCUGUCGUCAGUCGCCGGUGCUUGGAGAAUUGGGCGCCCGAACGCAAGCUGCACGGCAUCUGCGCGGUGUGCGGUGCGCGGCCGAUGGACGGCUCGAAUUGGCAGUCGCUCCACGCCCAUCAGCUCGAUCUGCCCAGCCAUCCGCCAAUCCGCCAAUCCGCCGACCGCUGCUGCUCCAUCCGAGCGAGCUACAUCUGCUUCCUCCGACGCCGUUGGUGCUGACGCCCGGAACUUCCCAGCCGCUUCGGCUCCUCCUCCUCCUCCCUCCCAGCGCUCGACCCUCCUCCUCCUCCUCCACCACCUCCACCACCACCUCCACCACACCGCCAAUCCACCCCGCCCAUCCCGGAUCGUCACAUCUCAUGCCCGGAUCCAUGCUCCUCGUCUUGUGA